GUUUGGACUGUCGUCAAAAAGCUUUGAAACAAUUAGUUCAUUUACCGAUAAUUGAUAUACAAGCUUGUGAAGUAUGGACAUAUUUAAAUGACCACGCUACUGCUACUGCAACUGUUAAUGAUAAUUCAUCAUUGUUGCUGAAAACAAAGACAACUCUUCAAGUUUAAUCGAUACACCUAUUUCUCACAAGUUAUCUAAUACAUCAAAAUUCAAAAAAUCCGGUGCUUUUCAACGAUUCAUUACACCUGAUGAGAAUUUAUUAUCCAUGCAUGGUGAUAUUGGUGAUUAUAAUGACAAUUCUAUGAAUACUACUAAUAACAUAAAUAGUAGUAGUAGGGGUAAUAGUAUAAAAGUGAUUACAGCUGGUGGUUUAAGACGUGGCCUGGCUGAUGCAUUGAACGAUGAAGAUGACACAUUAUGGAGUCUUUCAUUACGGUAUAUUAGUAAAGGACUUUCUACUACUCCGCCAAAUAUUCGUGAAACCUACAGCCUUUUAAUUGAAUAUCUUCAGGUGCAAUUCGUUAGAAAUGCACAUCAAUAUCCACCUCUUAUUGAUGGUAUCGAUUUUGAUGAGAGUCGUAAUCAGCGUGUUUUAAGGGCAUGCUAUUUAAUGAAUAAAUUUCAUCAGACAAUUCCAUCUUAUUGGAUUCGUUAUUCAGAACAAUUUGUUAAUGAAAUUAUUGAAAAGUGUUUAUCAAUUCUAUCUAUUGGUUGUGACCAGUAUAAUUGUGAUCAGAAUAAUGAACAACUUUGCAUAAUGCCAAUUCAUUUAUUCAGUAUUGUCGAUUGUGAAGCCAAAUGGUGUAUCCAAUCCACUCAUGGUGCCUAUUGUUGUAAUGCUUUAAUUAGUCAGUUGAAGAGAAACUCUGCACUUUUUGAAUUCAGUGUACGCGUAUGCUUAAUAUACAUGAAUAAACCUGCUAAUUCAAUAACAAGUAAGAAUUCACUGGUCAGCAGACAUACAAACAAUCAUAAGAAUUACUAUUCUUACGAAGAAUUAGUUUAUUCUUCAUUUCUCCACUCUAUACAUCUAAUAUGUCGUGUUAUCUGCUUUUCACAUGGACGUAACCUAUUCCCAAUUGUAUUGAAAUGUAAAAAUACCGCUGCGACAACCACUGCUGCGACAAGCAACAACACUACAGGAAUGGUAAACUCAGAUCAGUUUGUAGUUACAGUGAAUGCAUUUCUCUGCACAAUGUUACAAUUCCUGUACAAGAAUACAUUUACAACAGAAGAUAUACAUCUGUCUCAACAUCCGUUUACGGUGAUGAAAAAUUGUUUAACCAAACUUGCUUCAUAUGAAUCAGUCUGUGAGAAUUGUUUUGGAAGUGUAACUAGCUUAGAAAAGAGUGAAAAAUCACAGAGCUGUAGCAUACAGCGUCAGCAGUCAUCCUUUGAUUCUGAAGAUGAAAUAUUUAUCCGAUUCGAACCGUUGAACUUCAUUGAAAACUUAUUAAAUUUUACACUGAAGCUUUUUAACGCAUCAACCGGGACUAUGAAAACCUGUAAUGCCAAUGAUCAGUUGUUCCAACAUCAUCAUCAUCAUCUAUUGAAUGUAGUUAUCAAAGUAAUUCAUUGUGGUCAAUAUGUGAUUCGACGUUCUACAAAUUUACAUUUUGAUAAUGUACAUCAAUUCAAUGCCAUGUUGGUCAGCGCAUGGAAUCAAAUAGUUAAAUCUAUAAAAUUAAUGCGUAGUGGCAAUGAAAACGAUCGUGAGUGUUCUAUCUGCCUUUUUAUUACUUCCCAACCAGAUCCAUCUGCAUUCUACCCCAAACUACACGAUUCAAUAUGUGGAGAAUUUUUAUCAAAUUUAAAAGACUGUCUAAUUCAUUCACUUGGCUAUCCAGUUGGAAUUGAAUCAUUGAGCAGUGCAAAUCUAUUAACGCACUGUAUAGACUACUUACAAAAGUAUCUUGUCAGUCAGUGUAAUAUAUCUUUUAUCAGACCGCAUACAUUUGGCUACUUGUUAAGUCAACUGGCCUUGAAUAAAUCUGGCCUAUUGGGUUUGCAUAACUCGCAUAUUAUUGAACUGUUAGUCAGACAAGCCUGGAAAUCAAUUGAAUACUUUGAGUGUACUGGUCAUACAGAGUUAACUGGGAAUUAUUCAUCCAUGCAGAGAACAUUUCAUCCACCGAUAUGGUCUAUUGAUCCAAUUGAUAAAAUAGCUUAUAAGCCUUUUAUCAAUUUGGUCAGAGUGACAACAUCAUAUGAAUUUAUACAAACUUUAAUGACAACUACUCAGUUGAUUACAAAUAAAGAAAGCUAUAACAGUGUCACCGAUAUACCUACAAAUAUUUCUGGAUUUCUUGACCGUGUCGUUUUCAUAAAUAAUGUGCCUAAACUUCAAUCACUAUUCAAUCCUGAACAGUGUCAGUUAUUCGGCCUAAGGCUACUCUCCUGUAUCAUAUCUUGUUUGGAUUCCCUCCUAUGGUUUGAAGCCCACUGUAAUUUAUCUGAUUUCUUGCUAAGUUAUGAAAGUGAGAAAAAAUCUUCAGAUACAAGUUCAAAUGUUGUUUUUGAUGCUUUGACAAUUGAACGAAAUUACUUAUUAGUGAAAAUAUUCUUCAUCGGUGGACCAAAUGAACGUGAACUACCACCAAGAGUACUUUGUCAGCACACAAAUCGUUUAUAUCCUUAUCCUAUUCUUCGAAAUAAACCAGCCUACAAUGAUAAUAUCUUUCAUGAUAGUUAUUCUAUCAAUAAUAAAACCAUAAAUAAGUGUGAACAAUCUCCCUGUAAGAAUUGGUAUACUGAACUGUUUAACGCAUCGGAUAAAACUCACUCACUACUACCACUGUUAAUAUGUGAUUUACUGCCCUUCGACCAGUUGAUACUGAAUUAUUCAAUUACAUCGUAUGAAACUGCUGUAGAAUGGAUGAACAAAUGUCGUAAUAUCUUCAAAACUUCUAAAACUACUGUCAGUCGUGAUCAGAAAAGUAUUCAAGAGAAAACUAAAGAUGUAGGUGAUUAUCUGAAUCAGUGUCUUCUAGCACUGAGUUAUUUACCUGAGUCGAAUACCAAUCUCCAACCGUUACCUAAAGUUAACGAAGAUGAUGUUAAAAAUUUCCCGCUUUCAAAGAUGGAUGAGAUUGCUAUCGAUUGGACCAUACGUUAUGGUCAACGAAUUGGUUUACUGCAAAGAUCUCAGUCAAAUCCCAGUGAAGAUUAUAAGUAUUUCUACGAGCAACUGCAUAUUCUUAUGCGUACAGUUCGUUUAUCCUUUCAGAAAGAAGAUCAAUCACUCUCUAGACAAAAAGAUCAAGAUGAGCCGUUCGACUGGUUUGUGGCUACAAUAUUUCUUAUAUACAAUACAAAUUAUAAAAGUGCUUGGAAUUUCUUAUCCAGCUUUUCUAAACUUCCUCAUUCCCUUUACCUUUGGCCUAACAGAUGCAAGCAUACUAAAUUUCGUGAUGUCUUCUAUUUAAAAUCAUGCCAAUAUUUUGAGCAUUUAUUAGCUAUUGAAUGCUCAAAUAUAUUCAGUGUAUUUGUCAUGUCUGAGAUUAGUCCAGUUCAAAUAUAUUUAAGAUGGACAAAUCAAUGCUACUGGAAUUAUUUUGACUGGUUCAAUAUCCUGAAUUAUUUAUCCGUCUGCCUGAUGAAUCCAGUUCAAUUUCAAAUCUAUGUAAAUAUUAGUAUUAUAAAACAUCUUGGUCCAGCUUUACUUCAGGCUACAAAUGAACAACCGACUAGUCAAGAACAACAACAAGAACAGCUGCUAAUAUUCUUACAGGAAGAACCAAUCAGAGGAUUCGAUUAUGCGAAAUAUCUUUCAUAUAUGUAUGAAUUAGAUCAAAAGUAUACUAAGCAACUGAAGAAUAUGAAUGAAUGUACCAGUGACGAUGCUCAGAGCAAUGAAGGAAAGAUCUUCAAAAAAUAA